GUGAGCCUGAGUGAAUUCGACAAACUUCACUCUUGUUUGGCCACUGAACUGGUACUACCUCUCACUCUUGUUUAGAUAAGUUUAGCGUAUGCGACGAUCCUUCAGUACUAUUACCUAGUAUGUAGGCAACGGGGGCAGUGCGCUCAGAUCUGUGCACACGAGUUGAGCUGCGCCCACCAUACCCUCAAGCAUGGCCAUUGGGCAUCAUGCUUAAAUAGGUUAGCAGCGCUGGCAUACCUGUGUAUGCACAGCUGACAACCAUGCUCAGCCUCGCCUGCGCAAUUUCAACAACGUUAGUCUUCGACCACCUUUCCUUUUCAUUUCGUCAACAUCUUGACAGCGUCUUCAUUUUCAUUUCUCCUGGCAUCAUUUAUCGACCAGUCAGCCGUUGAGGAAGCUUCUGGACCCGCCACAACACGAUGGCUGAGGUUGUUGGCUUAAUAGCUAGUAUUGCUACACUUAUUGAAGUCGCUGGAAAAACAGGACGCACCAUAUCUCGCAUACGAAAGUUACAGUCAUCUCCGCCGCGUUAUAUUCUGGCUGCGCAAAACGAGAUCGAGCGUUUCACGGCAGCUUUGGAUCUGAUUCAAGACAUCCUUAACAGCAGGCCUACUGCUCCGUCGGAUAAAGUCAAGUUAGAACUUACAAGACUGCACAAGCAAGCGAUAAAUGCGCUACAGGAAUUUGACGACUUCCUUAAGCUGAAGGUGAUUCACGACACACCUGAUGGCGACGGUACAUUCAAAUUGCGACGAAGAGCGAAGGUCAAAGAGGUGUUUGGCGAAGCGCAGUCCGAGUUCGUUGACUUUCAUCAACAGCUUGUGUCUAUCAAACAGAAUAUGCAACUGGUGCUCCAGGCUUUACACUUCCACUCUCAUGGAGGGUCGUUGCACUUGCAAAGUGUAUCUAUCGUGCAAGCAGGAAUCACCACGAUAGUCAAAGCAGGAGAUAACGAAGUGACAGCAACGCACCUGGAGAAAGCGGUGGUGUCUAGCACUAGCACCGCAAUCGCUUCAGGACGUCCAAGCGUACAGCCAAUCAGCCCAAGCGCUGUAGCACUGAAAGAGGACUACGUUGUCUUCAAGAUGCAACGAGCAUCGCAAGAGUGUAGGCAGCAGUGUCCCUGCCAGUGCCAUAUAGCGCUUCGAGGAAGCACUCCCCGCUGGCUUCAGGGUCUGAUGGGCACUGUUUUCCUUAGCUUAUCCGGUGUACCCCUGAUCAAUCGACGAGUCUGCGAUUUCAAAGGCUGUAGUGGCAAAGGUGCGGCGAAUGGAGCAGCACGUCUUCAGUAUGUGAUGCCCACAUGGGCACUUCCCUACGCCAUUGAGACUACAGCUACGUGGCGUACGCUAGGUGGAGUCGGCGGCACCUGGACUCUCAGGAUACCACGAUUUAUGAAUACUAACAACCUUUACUCGAAAUUCCUCUGGAUGGCAACUCGUGGUACUGUGGAGGACUUUCAGAAGUUGAUGUCGGUGUCCGGCAUGAGGGCGUUUGAUGCCUUUGACACAUCUCUUAGCAUCAAUUCGACACUCUUUGCUCUGGCCGUAAAUAACAUGCGCUUUGACAUAUGCAACAUGCUUCUCGAGAACGGGGUCGAUGUUUCGUAUCGUGACGCGUGUGGGGUAUCGAUGGCCGGUUGUUAUUGGCAGAAGUGUCACGCUUUCAACGCAUCUAGCGAUAUCUCAGUCCCUACAGUACUAGUUGAAGCCUUCGAUACGUUGAACAUAACACCAGGCCACAGUCUGGUAGUCGAGAAUCGAUUCGAGGACGUUGGUACUCAUCUCAGAAACUUUCCUGCGGCCAUCACGCUUCGAGACGACAAUGGAUUCACCUUGUUUCAUUGGGCGGCAGCACGCGGGUCUAUGGAAAGCCUUGACGCUCUCCUUCAGGCGGGAGCUGAUGUAAAUGCAGUGUGCAAACGAGGUCGAACGCCGUUGAUGUGGGCAGUUUGUACACUUCAUGAAAUUGGCAUCUGGAAGAUCCUAAUCCGCGCAGGAGCGGAUGUCAACAUGACUGAUUUACAAGGCUACAAUGCUCUUAUGUGGUUGUUAAGCCAUACGCCCACACCAGAUACUGUAGCCCUUCUGUUAGAUGCGGGAACCGACAUCCACCACAUAUCAGAUUACCAUGUGACAGCAUUAGAGAUGGUAUCUUCCACACCAGGUGAUGGGAUAGUCGAGAGUUGCCGCACGCUCUUGGAACGCGGCGCCGUGCUAAACCGAAUAACCUGUUAUGGUUGGAGUCCGGUUGUAAUCGCGAUUCAAAACAACAAUCACGGCCUCCUUGAGCUGUAUAUCGAGCACGGGGCUAUAUGGAACACUGUUGCAACUGGGAACGGAACCAAAACCGUAAUUAACGCAGCCAUAUGGGCCGACAUUCGCACGAUGGCAAUACUGCGGGAUGCACGCAUACAAGGCGUCCACAUGGAUGAUCAUGUGAUCAAAGCAUAUUGGUCUAAAUUCGACAAAAGAGACGCACUCUUCUGUGGUUUCAGAGAACCCAUAGAAGAUGAACGAAAGGCCUUCCAGGAGUUACUGGACAGUGUCAUUCCGCUAGAUUCAUCUCUCAUCGUGUCUCAACCUACGCAGCAGAGACUGAUUCCGGGCGCCUUCCCAACAGAAGAAUACCGCGAGCAAGGACAUGUUGUCUCUUACUCAAAACCUAGCGAUGAGUCUGAAAUAGACGGAGAUACAGACCAAUCCACAAGCGAACGCGAGUACUUUGAGUUAAGCAGCAAUCAAAAGUCGGACGAGGAUGGCGAAUCGCUAUUAACAGACGAAAAUGGUCUCAUAAACCUCGAGGGUGGUGUGAGUUCAUAGAUCCAUUGAAGCAUCUGCUCGCUCGAUGAUCUUGAUACUACGCUAUUCUUGAUGACAACCCAAUC